ACGCUUCUUUUGCUUGCUCUCCUUCUCCACUCUCCAAUCUCCAUGGCUGCCCCUUCUCUUCUUCCGCUGCUUCUAGCUCUCACCUCACUCUCUCUACCAACCAUCUUCUCGUCCUCUUCCUCCUCGUCGUCGCCGUGCUCUUUCCCGGCCAUUUUCAACUUCGGGGACUCGAACUCCGACACAGGCGGCAUGUCGGCGGCCUUCUCCACCGUCUCUGCGCCCAACGGGGAGACCUUCUUCGGAGCGCCGGCUGGGAGAUACUGCGACGGUCGCCUCGUCAUCGAUUUCAUCGCUCAGGCACUUGGACUUCCUUUUAUCAGCGCAUACCUUGAUUCAAUGGGAACAAAUUUCUCCCAUGGUGCUAAUUUUGCUACGGCCGGAUCAACCAUCCUAAGACAAAACACAACUUUCUUCCAAACUGGUUACAGCCCCUUCUCUUUGGAUGUGCAGUUCCACCAGUUUGAGCAGUUCAAAACUAGAUCCCUGCUAGCUCACACCAACGGAGCCAUCUUCAAAGAUUUGUUACCUCCAGAAAAAUACUUCUCGCAGGCUUUGUAUACCUUCGAUAUUGGCCAAAAUGACCUCACUUCAGGCUAUGUCAGCAACCUGACAACUGAGCAAGUUAAAGAAACCAUCCCUGUCAUCCUCGGCAAAUUUACUGAUGCUGUCAAGAAUGUUUAUCAACUUGGCGGGCGAUACUUUUGGAUCCAUAAUACAGGACCAUUUGGCUGCCUGCCUUAUGUUCUAGCUGGAUACGCUCUUAGAGCUCCUGAGGUUGACUCUAUUGGUUGUGGAGCUCCAUUCAAUGAAGUGGCUCAACGAUUCAAUGCUAAACUUAACAAAACUGUAAUGCGACUCAGAAAGUCAUUUCCUAGUGCCGUGUUCACCUACGUUGAUGUCUACACCAUCAAGUACUCGCUCAUAAGCCAAGCGGAAAGGCUCGGGUUUGAACAACCUUUUGUGGCUUGCUGUGGGCAUGGAGGGAAGUACAACUUCGACGUGCGGUACAGUUGUGGAGCUACAAAGAAAGUCCACAACACCAAGGUUAUCAUCUCAAACACAUGCGAGGAUCCUUCAAAGAGGAUAUGUUGGGAUGGAUAUCACUACUCGGAGGCAGCUAACAAAUGGGUGUUUGAUCAUAUUGUGGAUGGCGCCUUUUCGGACCCGCCAAAUCCAGUAACAAUGGCUUGCAGAAGGCAGUAGCCUUACCGAGAGUGACUUUUGCAAGCAGGUCGCCACUCUCCGGCCAUGAUUUCUUUUCUUGCGGUUCAAUUUUUAGGAAUCUCAUGUGGCUUGGUCAAAGAAAAAUCAAAAAAAUUUGAUUACCUUCUUGCAAUGUUAUUGUUGAAUUCUACCUCAAAGGCAAUUGAUUAAAACUUUAAUCCUUGACA